AUGCCUCCUCGAAAGAAACUAACUCGUGAGGAACGUCUUGAAAAGAAGCGUCUGGCAGAACGAUUGAGAUACCAAGGCAUAAAAAUUAUCCCGAAAGGUAUUCUCAACAGAAGGAAAAAAAAACAGAAGGGAACUAUUAAGACUGUAAACCAAAUGACACCCAGAGAACAACGAAAAGCCAGAAAGAUAUGGAGAGAAAAGGCAAAACGGCGGAGACGACGUUUAGCUCUUCAACAUAUUGGAAAUGCUCCUGCUACCCUACCUACUUCAGACGACGAAGUUCCUCCUAAUGAAAAUAUUAAUCAACGAGCGCAAGCUGACAACGAAGAUCGAUCCAGGCAAGGCGAGCAAGAAAUAUAUUAA